GUAAGCAAAGCAGACCAACCAAGGACACUACAGGAACUUUGGAACUCCUAAAAAGGUUCCUCCUUGGAACUUCAGAAAUAUAUGAACUCGGGAAUUUCAAGGUUCCUUCAGGAACUUCGGAAGUAAAGGAACUUUUGGAACUGCAAAAGGCUCAUCCAGGGACUUCAAGGCUCCUUCGGGCUCCUCCAGGCAGGGGAGCUGACCCAGUGAUUGCGAGGGGCUCAACCCGAGGAAGGCUCAUCGUUUUGGGGGAGAUGUGUGGCAGAGGGGAGGGGACCAUGUGGAGCUUACGCCUUCUCCUCCUUGCCUCUCUGAUGGCUCCGGCAACACUCGCUUUCAGCCGGGUGCCCGUGCCCAUGGCGGUGGUGCGACGCGAGCUGUCGUGCGAGAGCUACCCCAUCGAGCUGCGCUGCCCGGGCACCGACGUCAUCAUGAUCGAGAGCGCCAACUACGGGCGCACCGACGACAAGAUCUGCGACGCCGACCCCGCCCAGAUGGAGAAUACCCGCUGCUACCUGCCCGACGCCUACAAGAUCAUGUCUCUCAAGUGCAACAACAGAACCCAGUGUGCCGUGGUGGCGGGCCCCGAGGUGUUCCCCGACCCCUGCCCUGGGACCUACAAGUACCUGGAGGUCCAGUACGAAUGUGUCCCUUACAAAGUGGAACAGAAAGUUUUCCUGUGUCCUGGCCUGCUAAGAGGAGUGUACCAGAGCGAGCACCUGUUCGAGUCGGACCACCAGUCGGGGGCCUGGUGCAAAGACCCUCUCCAGGCGUCCGACAAGAUCUACUACAUGCCCUGGACACCCUACCGCACGGACACGCUGACCGAGUACUCGUCCAAAGAGGACUUCAUCGCCGGCCGACCCACCACCACCUACAAGCUUCCCCACCGGGUCGACGGAACCGGAUUCGUGGUCUACGACGGAGCCCUGUUCUUCAACAAGGAGCGCACGCGCAACAUCGUGAAGUUCGACCUGCGCACGCGCAUCAAGAGCGGAGAGGCGAUCAUCGCCAGCGCCAACUACCACGACACCUCGCCGUACCGGUGGGGCGGGAAGUCCGACAUCGACUUGGCGGUGGACGAGAACGGGCUGUGGGUGAUCUACGCCACGGAGCAGAACAACGGGCGCAUCGUCAUCAGCCAGCUCAACCCGUACACGCUGCGCGUCGAGGGCACGUGGGAGACCGCCUACGACAAACGCUCGGCGUCCAACGCCUUCAUGAUCUGCGGAGUUCUAUACGUAAUAAAGUCGGUUUACGAGGACGACGACAGCGAAUCGACUGGGAAUAAGAUCGACUACAUCUACAACACGGAGCUGAGCAAGGACAGCUAUCUGGACAUACCGUUCCCGAAUUCGUACCAGUACAUCGCUGCUGUGGAUUACAACCCGCGGGACAACCUGCUCUACGUCUGGAACAACUACCAUGUCGUCAAGUACUCGCUGGACUUUGGGGCCCUGGAUAACAGACUAGAAUCUUCCUCUUCCGUGCACCUCUAUAUGGACACCACCACCACGCGCACCACCACCACCCGACCCCCGUUCUCCUCCACCUCCUCCUACACCACCACCACCACCACCUCCUCCUCCCGCCCGGGCUCCACCACCUCCACAGCAGCCCCCCCUGCCACCUCCUCCUCCUCCUCCUCCACCACCACCACCACCACAGUACGCCCCCCUCUCCUCACCACUAUUUACAGUGGAGGAGGAGGAGGAGGAGGAGCCUCGGCCAACAACGCCGCCGCUCGCAGCACCGCACCCUCCCAGGCUGCGGGGGGCGCUGUGGUGGAUACGGCGACCCGCUCGGCGGCGUCUCAGCUGCCCAACGUGCCUUUGGUUGAGUUCUGUGGGCAGACGGUGGAGCGGGACGUUAACUGGCCCCGGACCAGGCAAGGGGUGGUGGUUAGACUGCCCUGUCCAGGCAACACCAUUGGUGAGUAG